GGGUGGGGCUCAUUUUAUUGAGAGAGAAAGAGAAGUUGGAUCAUGGCCGGGCUGGUUUACCCUCAGUACCCUGUGUUCCCAGGAUUCAGACACCCCUACAGGCCACAUCCCCCAUUCUACAAGCCCAAGCAGCCAUACUGGAAGCCGCCAUACAAAGGGGCCCCGGGGCCCAUGAAGCCCACUAACCCCCUGGACUGUUUGGAUGGGUACAGGUGGGCUCAGCUGAAGGCCCUGCUUAGCCAGUUGGGCCCAGAGUUUGGCUUGGGCAGACGCUUCACUAGAGAAGUUGGGGUGCAAGUGAACCCCCGGGUGGAUGCGUGUAUCCAGUGCUCACUGGGGCCCCGGACUCUGAAGAGUUUUAAGGGGGGGCCCUUCCAUUUCCAUGCUGUGCCGGGGCAGCACGCCGGCUUGGGCAUCAUUACGCCCGUCAGGUUCCCGCGCACCAUUGCCGUGUAUUCCCGCUUGUCUGACCGUAGGCUCUUCACCGUGCCCACCCAGACCCCCGAGGGAGAGGAUGGGACCCCCAAGGAGUCCAUUGAGGAGGAUGUGCUACUAAGGAGGCCGGCCUUCCAGUUCUUGGAGCAGAAGUAUGGCUUCUUCCAUUGUAAGGGCUGCCAGGUCCGAUGGGAAAGUGCCUACGUGUGGUGUGUGUCGGGGACCAACAAGGUUUACUUCAAACAGUUCUGCCACAAAUGCCAGAAGGGGCACAACCCUUACUUUGUGGAGUCGAUAGAGUGUAAGAAAUGCAAGAAGGCCUGGUGCCCCUGCCCCGAGAGGCGACACAUUGACCUGAAAAGACCUCACUGCCAGGAGCUGUGCGGCCGGUGUAAGGGCCAGAGACUCUCCUGCGAUAAAACCUACAGCUUCAAAUACAUCAUCUAGCCCCGCCCCCUGCACUGUGGGGUGCGACUCCGGAGCAAGGGAAGUGACCUUGUUUUGGGCUUGGGAAAUGGCACGUUGGCUAUAGAAUAGGGUUUUGUACUAUAGUAUCUUUUUCUUUCUGUAAAAAUGAUUUUUGUAAAUAAACGUUGGAACCAGAAUCCAUGAGCCGUUAAAUUGUCUCACGAAUGAACGUAGAAUAUGGCGGAUACUGGGGGGAGGGGGUGGGGUUUCUGUAUAUAAUGUCUGUAUUGCACACAAGCCGCCUUCUAUGUUGUUUAAAGGACCUGAAAGCACUUGUCUAAUAAAAUAAUGGAAUUUGCUGU